GUUCGAACCUGACCGAGAGAAGAUGGUGAGCUAAAGACAUGAUGGUUGGAAGACUUGGGACAGGGAACAGGAGUCAGGCAAGGCUGCGUGAGCCACACGAAAAAAAGAACUCGUGGUCCCGAGGCACCAACAGACGGUCCUGGAAGUCCUUCCUCGGAAUCCAGGUUCUCCGUUAUCUUCAUCCUCGUAGCCUCUUCUCAGCUGAGGUCUUCACCGAACGAGACAAGGUUCCGGCGACACGAUCGAGUUGGUUGCCGACCAGGCCGGGCGCUACCACCCCGGUGCCCAUCCGUUCCGCUCUCUACAGCAGCCCGUCCCCGUUUCUCAUCCCCCGGAGCGGCCGCCUCUACUCGAGGCCAAGGCUGGCACCUGUCUAACCAAAGCUUGGUACGCGGGGUGCUGGCAACGGGCUGCUGUAUUGGUAUUCUUGGGUCUCGAGCGAUAAGAGUAUUUCUUUUCACCCGUCCCCGCCGAUGUCCAAUUGUUUCAUGCAAAGCAAACCUGGGGAACCUUGCUGGAUUCUCUCGGUGCAACUCUUAUUCUGAAGCAACUGGGAGCUCCCUGCUCACUGACGAACGGGGAUUUUCUGCCUACAUUGUUAGCGCCAACCACCCCGCGUUGUAUAUCAAUAUCACCUUCAACCUUGAACAUGUGAAGAAAGAUGCUGUUAUCUUGUUGAUCUCAACAGAGUUUUUUUCACGGCGGCUCCCGUCGUGAUCAUGAGAAGAUGGUCCAAAUAUCAGACAAUCUCGAGGCAUCAGGGUCCAUUCGCGUCUGAAUGAAGACUGGUCCAGCAAAACGUAAGACACUGCCGAAAAUGGAUGCGAGCAAUGCAGGAGCUGCAGCCUAGGUGUUUGAGAUUCAAGCUUUUUGCUGGUCGAGGCGGCGAUGGCGGGGCACGUUCCAUUCACUUUCCUGUGGCAGCAACUCUCAAACAUGGCCAGCAGCGUUUGGGUUAUCCCUUCUUGCCUAUACCGUCCAUGUGUUUCUCUCAUCGCCUCGCCAGAAAUGGCAGCGAGCAGCUUCCUGUUCCUAUUUUCUGGGAAUAAUCCCACGAAUACAACCUGAUGAUAUGGCCAUCACGGCACUGUCCUGUUUCAAGUUGAUGCUGGGUGUUGGAUGUUGGGAGAAGCCCCCGCUUUCACAGCGUCGAGACCCGCUGUUUCCGAGCGGCAUCCCCACCGCAAGGGUCCUGGCGCCGGCUGGUCUCAAACAGCGGCCGGCUUCUUUUUGGCACUCGGGAGGAAUCAUGGAACCAUGGAUCCUAUCAUGGUCUGUUCUCUUUCUCUGGAUCGCCGGGUGAGGAGGAAGGAUGAUGAAUCUAUGGUUCUGUGCCGCUCAUGAUCUGCGUAUUCUUUUGAUCCUUUUGGACGGCUCAAACAGAGACAACAUGCAAGUCAGCAAGUCUUGGAUAAAUCAACGUCCACUCGGCUAUCUGCGAUGGGCCAUCUCGAAACAAGUUGAACAGCGCCAGAGGGGGUCCACUCGCACCAUCGCAAGCACGAACUUGCAUCAUCGCAUGUGCUCCCAGGAGAGCCAACCACGCCCGCGAGAUGCUCUGAAGGAAGAGGGUGUGUGUGGUACCGCACAGCAAAGCCGCUCUGGUUGGCACACGCCGCGCGAGAAGGCCGCCGUCGAAGCCCCUAAUCAUGACGCCUCAUUGGUCUGUAUUUCAUUCUUAUCGACCUUAUCAACUACCAUCAGUCUGGACCCUUUUUGCACUCCCCCAAUCCCAAACUCCCACCCCAGCCGUGUUUUUUUUUUUUUUCCCUCGCUUCGCCCACAGACUCUCCCCUUGGUUGGGACUCGGUCGUCCGUCGUCUGAGCACGGGGGGUCCUCCCCGGUCAUGCUCAUCGGUGCCGGGCCACAACUGUUAAAAAGAGGGAAAGGCCCUGUAGUUGCCGUGAUCUCGACUGUCUCGGAAAGCUGGAGCUUCUUCCCCCUAUCUCCUCUUUCCUGUCGUGAAAGCAAAGCCACCCCGUUGGAGGCGCUGGACGACUCCUCGAGUUUGGUACCGCUGAUUCAUGCCCGUCGAUGCUUGCAUCUAUACCGUAUUCUCUGUCGUCAUUUUCAUCUUCUCCCGUUGAAGGCGGUUGGCCCUUAUCUUGCUUUUAAUAUCCAACUGCUGGUCUCGGGCAACCCCCAAAAUGUGAGUCCCGGCCUUAUUACACCUAAUCCCAUGCCACCCUCCUAUCUACUAUUUGCCUCUGCUUCAGCCCAGGCCAUAGUGGAUGUUUGAUAUAGUCCCAAGUCGCGGGAGGGGUGAAAUCCACAGGGCCGGGCCCUGUAUUAGCAAAACGCGGCUAACAAUUUUUCUUUGUUUUAUUUUCCCCCAUUUCAGGCGCACUACUCCUCUUCAUCACUGCCGUCCGCGGCCUUGUUUCUCAGACUCGAUGAAAUCCAGCACAUACGGAUACGCAUACUCGGUCUAUGACAUGGACGGAUCACCCCAGGCCGUCACCGAGCUCGACCUGAGCGCCUGCCACCCCAACUCCAUUGUCGACAGGAUUAAUGCCAUGCCCGCGUUGAAGACGAGUACUGCAUUCUUCACCUUCCUCCGCGCCAACCUCGUCCUCCCCCACAGCGCCAUGUCCUCCAACCCAUCAACCCCCAACCUAGCACCCUCUUCUCUCCGAAGGUCACCACCAACCCCCCAAUCCCAUUCCCGCCCAGCAACGCCCAUCCCAACCACCACCCUCGACGAAGAAGAUGAGAUCCCCCCCUUGACCCUCGAAGUCCUGACCUCCAAGCCCGACAAAACCGCGGCGUUGAAGCUCAUCGCCGAUAGCAUCGCCCAACAAAGACAAACCGCCUCGAGCCAUAUAAUCACCCACCCCCUCCCCCUCUCCUCCCUCAUCGCCGCCUUGGCCAUAACCUACCACUUCUUCCUCUCCUCAUCCGACCUCGGAACAAAACUGAUGAUCCUUUCGUCAUUGGUAACGACAUACCUCCUUACCGUACGGUACCUCACCUCCCCAUUCAUCCGCCUCGCCGAAAGCAUCACCCCUUCCUUUCUCGGGUCAGACUCUCCCGAAGAUCAGGACACAGUUAUUGCCUGCCGGUACGGGGGGGAGAUUAUUGGGGUCACGGUGUUGCAUAUUUCCCGUCCGGCGGGGCAGUCAGAUCCCAAUUUCAAGAGGCAUAAGCAGAGGGGCAGUUUGAGUUCGUUCAAGGGGGGGAAGGGGGUGAUCAGGGCUUGGACGGUCAAGUCGAGGUAUAGAGGGAAGGGGGUGGGGGGGGAUAUGCUAAGGGAGGUGGUUAGGUUGACGAAAGAAAGAUGUGGGAGGGAUGGGGAGGUGGGGUUUGCGAGGGGGCAUGCUAAUGCGGGGUUGAUUCCUGUGGGGGGGAAGGGGGAGGACAAUAGACAGGGAGAAAGGGAGGAGGAGAUGGUGUUGCCGGAGUGGUUGAACCGGGGGUGGUUGAGGAGGUCGGAAAGAAAGGCGGCGCAGGCGCUGGAGAGAGUGGUGAGUGAGUUUGGGAAUGGGAAGAGGAGAUGA